AAACAAAUUCAAAACCACGUUACCAUUUACCUUUGAGAAAAUGGAGAUUUCCAGGCCAAAGAGCAUCAGGACUAUUUUGAUAUUUCCAUGGCUAGCCCAUGGUCACAUUUCUCCAUUCCGACAGCUAGCCAAAAAGCUUUCCAAGAGAAACAUUUUCAUAUACUUCUGUUCCACCCCUGUAAAUCUCUCUUCUGUCAAGCCAAUGGUUUCUCUAAAGGAAUCACUUUGUAUUCAGCUAGUGGAAUUUCACCUCCCUUCGUUACCGGACCUUCCUUCCCAUUACCACACCACCAAAGGGCUGCUGCCGCAUCUCAUGAACACCCUCAAGAACGCAUUUGACAUGGCUAGCCAUAGAUUUUCUGAAAUUCUCAAGACCCUCAAGCCUGAUUUGGUUAUUUAUGACUUUCUUCAGCCAUGGGCGCCCAAAUUAGCCUCAUUGCAGGGGAUUCCUGCUGUGGUGUUCUUGUGUUUCUCUGCCGUGAUGACUUCCUUUACACUUCAUGCCAUCAAGAACGAUGCAGGUGGGACUUACGAACACGUUAAUGAUCUGUUUCCUUAUCCGGAAAUUUAUCUUCAUGAUUAUGAGAGGCAAAAAUUCGUCAAUUUGAUUGAGAAUGAUGUCAAUGGUGUCAAAGAUAAAGACAGAGCCCAUCAAUGCUUUGAAGGCUCCUCUGAGAUAAUUUUGAUCAAGUCUUUCAGAGAAAUCGAAGGGAAAUUCAUGGACUACCUCUGCGGUCUAUUGAACAAGAGGAUGAUUCCUGUCGGUCCACUUGUUCGAGUCCCCAUGGAAGAACAUGAAAAGGCAGAGAGAUUGAUGAAAUGGCUGGAAAAGAAGAAACCAUCUUCCACUGUCUUUGUUUCAUUUGGAACAGAGUAUUUUCUUUCUCCAGAAGAAAGGGAAGAGAUGGCUUACGGGAUUGAGCUGAGCAUGGUGAAUUUCAUAUGGGUUCUUAGGUUUCCUGUGGGGGAGAAAACUAACAUUGAGAAAGAAUUACCAAGAGGGUUUCUUGAAAGGACAGGGGAGAGGGGAAUGGUGGUGGAGGGAUGGGCGCCUCAAGUGAAAAUAUUGCUGAAUCGCAGUAUUGCGGGGUUUGUGAGUCAUUGUGGAUGGAGUUCUGUGAUGGAGAGCAUUAGUGUUGUCGUUCCGAUUAUUGCCAUGCCUAUGCAUCUUGAUCAGCCACUGAAUGCUAGGCUUGUGGAGAAUAUUGGGAUUGGAAUAGAGGUUAGGAGGAACAAAAAGGGUUGCCUUGAAAGAAAAGAUAUAGCAAAAGCGACUAAAGAGGUGGUGGUGGUGGAAGGAAGUGGAGGGAACAUAAGAAGAAAAGUAAAGGAAAUGAGUGAGAUUGUGAAGAAGAAAGGAGAAGAAGAGAUUGAUGGGGUAGUAGAUGAACUGGUGAAGCUUUGUGGGAUUAAAAAGACUGCUAAUCCUUAAUUUGUAUCCCACUUUACUCGAAUUAAGUUAAUAUGUGAAC